AUGGGAGCUCGUACGCCUAUGCCUGGCUUGGACACAUCUAGGAAUUCGAUAAAUCUGGCUAGGACAGACGUGCUUGAACCUUCACAGUGGAUUUUCUUUCUCACUUGUAAUUCUCAGUCUAACCCUGAAGACUUUGCCACAAAACAAGACCUGGCGAGGUUAGAAACCAGAAUUCAGUCGUUGGAAACCAGUAAACGCAAUUUGGAAAUAGAGGUUCAAUCGCUGAAAGCCAGCAACUUGUAUCUGGAAGCACAGCUGAAAACAAAACAAGAUCUCACACCUCCGAUUAGUUUCAGAGCUGGAUUUUCAAAUGAUCCAUCUCCAGUAAAAUACAGCAACGGCCAGAUUGUAGUCUUCGAUAAAAUUUACCUCAACGACGGCAACGCGUACACCGCGCACUCGGGAAUGUUUCGCGCACCAGUUUCUGGACUAUACAUAUUUACACUGCAUGUUUUGCCUUCUUCUGGAGCGAUGUCGUUUAUAAUAGUACAAGACAACAAGUCGGUAGCACACAUGGAAGGUACGGCAUCCGGCGGAACAGAAAGCAUGCAGAUAGCUGUACACGUCCACAAAAACCAAGAUGUGUGGAUUUCGAAGAUCUGGGGUGACGGAGAUACAUUACGUGGUCAAAUGUUGUCGACGUUCAGCGGCUUUCUGCUUAGAAUCGACGACGACAAGUCUCAUAAUUCAAACGGGGGAUCAAUCGUCGUGGGAUAA